AUGAAGAUUGUCACCAAGGACGAGGCGAAGGAGCACUACGAUGUCGUGAUCAAGGACGGCAUUAUCGGCGGCACAGUGGGCUUCAGCCUGGGCCUGGCGGGCGUGCUGGGCGCGUCGCGGCGGUAUGCGGCGUUCCGGGCGCUCACGAUCCCAUUCCGGACGUUUCUGGUUUCGUCCAUCACGACCGCUGGCGCGGUGAUCGUGGCGGAGCGCGGAAGCAUUCGGUAUGCCCGGUCACGUGACCCGAUGUACGGCUACAAGGACGAGUCGCAGCGCGAGCUCGCGGCGGCGCUCCAGGCCGAGACGGGCAGCGCGCGGGCGCUCGGCUGGGCGCGCCAGCACCGCUACACGAUCGUGCUCAGCAGCUGGGCGGCAUCCAUCGGGCUGGCGCUGGUCAUGGUCGGUCGCAACCGGUACCUGACGACGUCGCAGAAGCUGGUGCAGGCGCGCAUGUACGCGCAGGGACUGACGCUGGCGGUGCUGCUGGCCACGGCCACGCUCGAGGUGUCGGACGCCAAAAACGGCACCGGCCACUGGGAGACGGUCAGGGUGAUCGAUCCCAACGAUCCCGAGCACAAGCACAUGAUCGAAAAGCGGAUCCACAAGGAGGAGUACGAGGGCCAGGACCUGUGGAUGGACAUGGUCGCGUCCGAGGAGCGGCGCCUGGCCGAGAUCAAGAAGCAGAAGGAGUCUGCACCAGAGAACAAAGUUGGUGCUCCCGCAUCGCGCUGA